UAGGGUACAUUCUCCUCUUUCUCAUACGCUUCAUUUUGGAGGAUUUCGUCUCUUUCUUGCCUCUUUUUCGAUUCCUAGCGAAUCGAGAUGGAGAACGCAAACGGAGCAGAGGAUUCUCCCACCAAAGAAUUUGAGGAAAACCCACUUGAAAAGACGCAAGAAACUCUCGAGGAAAUGCUUUCCAGACACAGGCACGAGAUCAAGGAGCUUCAGAACAAAGAAUUAGGUCUGAAAAAAGCAGCUGCUAAAGGCAGCAAGGCUGAGCAGAAGGCUAAGAAGAAGCAGGUGGAGGACGAGAUCUCUCAACUUUCAUCCGAACUCAAAGCAAAGCAUGCAGAAGAGCUUGCUUCAUUAGGCUACGAUAGCAAUGGGAAGGAGAGAAACAAUCUUGACAAUUUGGUAAAGGCCAUAGCCGGUGUUUCCGUCACUGGUCAUGGUGACCCUUCCAAACCCAGUAAGAGUAUCAAGAGACGCGAGAAGAGAGCUCAACAAGAAGCAGCACGGGAGCAGAGAAUACAAGAAGAACAAAACAACAUUAUCAGCGACCGUAUGAUCGAGAACCAGGAGUUGGAGAAAAAGCUCCAGCCCCUCAGUCUGACAGUCAAUGAAAUCAAGCCGGAUGGCCACUGCCUCUACCGGGCCGUCGAGGAUCAACUGUCACAUCAAUCAGGAACCAUGUCUCCAUACAGUUAUCAAAAGCUCCGAGAAAUGACUGCAGCUUAUAUGAGAGAACAUGCAUCCGAUUUCCUUCCAUUUUUCCUGUCAGAGAAUAAGAUAGAAGCAGAUUCCGAUGGUUCGCAAUUGGAAAUAUUCGAUAAGUACUGUAGUGAAGUGGAGUUGACAGCAGCUUGGGGAGGGCAACUUGAACUAGGUGCUCUAACGCAUUGCUUGAGGAAACAUAUCGUGAUAUUCUCAGGGUCCUUCCCUGAUGUGGAGAUGGGGAAGGAGUACAAGUCCGAAAGCGGAAGCAGUUCCUCUAACCCGAGCAUCAUGUUAUCUUAUCACCGGUAUGCAUUUGGGCUCGGAGAGCACUAUAAUUCAGUUGUUCCAGUGCAAUAAGGUUGGUAACACGAUAUCUCCUAUGAGAGAUUUUUUUGUGUGCUAUUUCUAUCUAUUCAUCUUUGAUAGAUGUAAACCCGUAUCAACUUUUAAGUUAAAAAACCACAAAUGCAAAUGCUACACUUUUGCUUUUA